GGAAAUGGUUGGAGCUCUCGGCCCCGCCUCCGCGGCCAUCUUGGAGGCCCUGGAGGCGGUGCCACGGAGGACGGAGCGGAAGUUCCCGCUGCAGCUUCCGGAGACGGAGUGAAGCGCCGGCGGCUGCCCCUGCCCGCCGUCUUCCUUCCUGCGGCCGUGAGGGAGACCGCGGUUCGGCCGCAGCGGCGCUGCAAGAUGAGGAAACUGAGGCUGGCUGUGUGGUCCAGGGUUUGGUGAAGAUAUCACAGCCACUCAGCACAGUUACAGAAUGUCCGAAGGGGACAGUGUUGGAGAUUCCGUCCAUGGAAAACCCUCAGUGGUGUACAGAUUUUUCACAAGGCUUGGACAGAUUUAUCAGUCCUGGCUGGACAAGUCUACACCAUACACAGCGGUGCGAUGGGUGGUGACCCUGGGCCUGAGCUUUGUCUACAUGAUCAGAGUUUACCUGUUGCAGGGUUGGUAUAUUGUGACCUACGCCUUGGGAAUCUACCAUCUAAAUCUUUUCAUAGCUUUUCUUUCUCCCAAAGUGGAUCCUUCCUUAAUGGAAGACUCAGAUGAUGGUCCAUCAUUACCAACCAAACAGAACGAGGAAUUUCGUCCCUUUAUUCGAAGGCUUCCAGAGUUUAAAUUUUGGCAUGCAGCUACCAAGGGCAUCCUGGUGGCUAUGAUCUGCACCUUCUUUGAUGCCUUCAAUGUCCCAGUGUUCUGGCCUAUUCUGGUGAUGUACUUCAUCAUGCUCUUCUGUAUCACAAUGAAGAGGCAGAUAAAGCACAUGAUUAAGUACCGGUACAUACCGUUCACACACGGGAAGAGGAAGUACAGAGGGAAGGAGGACGUGGGCAAGGCCUUUGCUAGUUAGAGCUGGACUGAACCUGUCAUGCAUUGGAAGAACGGUUUUGAGCCAUUGUAACAAUGCCUUUUUUCUUCACAUAAAGUAGUUGAUUA